UUGUUAUUGCACUUAUUCCAAAUAAAGAAUCUGAUACUAAUAAAGAUAUUGAAAAGCUAUAUAGAAAAUUAAUUGAAGAAAUUGCACCACAACUAUAUCUUCAUAUUUUAUCAUUGGAAUUAGAUAGUGCAAUUACAGAAUUUCAGGCACAACAGUCAAUUCUUAAUACUCAAACUUCCAAAAAGCUAACAUUUUCAUAUGAACUUUCAGAAUCUCUUGGUAUGAUUCAACCUGUAGAUUUGUUUAUUAAUAGAAAUAAUUUACUUACUAUUAGUUUACACAAAGAUGAAGUUUCAACAUCAUAUAUAUAUAAUAAUACAAAUCUAGCUGAUAUUUAUGAAAUUGAUGAUAUUUCUUCUGCAAUAAGCAGUGCAUUGAAAGAAAAGGUUAAAUUGAAGGCACCAAGUACUAUUAAAAUCAAUAUAAUAAGCUCUGUUCUUCCAAAUAAGGCUAGUCAUUUAACUGUAUAUUUCACAAAAAAUGAAAAUUCUGAACAACAAUUCAUUAAACAAAGAGAAAAAUGUUGGAAGGAAAAUCAGAAAAAUAUGUUAAUGACACUUGCACAAUUAUAUUUUGAAGAAAUUGAAAAAUCAAAAAAAAUAAACCUCAAACAAAAAAAAUAUUCAAUCAAAUUUAAUUUCAACCACAAGAAUAUUAAAAAGACAUUAGAAAACAAACAGCAAAAUUCUAGUAAAAUGAUGAUGCAAAGUUAUCAAAGUAACAAAAUCCAAAUGCCAAAUAACAUCUAA